AUGCCUCCCAAGAAAGCUUCCGCCGGUGCCCCCAAGAAGGCUGCUGCUGCUCCGGCCCAUGUCUCCUACCGUGCUAUGAUCACCAACGCCAUUCAGAAUUUGAAAGAGCGCAAUGGUAGCAGUCGCCAGUCUGUCAAGAAGUACGUGCUGGCCAACAACAAAAUCACCGCCGCCUCCACUCCCGCCUUUGAUAGCCAGUUCAACAAGGCCAUCAAGGCGGGUGUCGAGAAGGGUGAAUUCACCCAGCCCAAGGGCCCCUCGGGACCCGUGAAGCUCGCCCGCAAGGAGUCCGUCGCGAAGCCCGCUGCCAAGAAGACUACGUCUGUCAAGGCCCCCGCUAAGAAGACCUCGACUGCCAAGAAGGCCGCCGAGAAGCCGGAGAAGGCCGAGAAGCCCAAGGCCACCACCACCAAGAAGGCCACCACCGCCACCAAGAAGACCACCGCCACCAAGGCCAACACCGCGAAGCCCCGCAAGACGUCGGCGCCCGCCGUGGUUGACAAGCCCAAGGUGACGGGAAAGACCAAGUCUGGCCGCGUGACCAAGACGACGGCGAAGCCCGCUUCCGAAAAGACCAAGAAGUCGACAGCCAAGAAGGCCUAA